AUGCUGUCCAAACUCGUUUUAGUUAUCGCCUCGGUUGUCAGUAUGGCGAACAGCCAAUACACACCUUACAUUGACCCAAGCUCUGUUCCUUUGGCCACCCGAGAAAACUGGUGCUUAUCUCAGAAAUAUGCCUGUCCUAUUCUUUGUAUGCAAAUGCCCAACACUACGGGGGCAUACAUCAACACCUGCUCACCCGUUAGCCUCAACUACCUAUGCCAAUGUAGCAACGGUCUUUCCCCCAAUGGCACCGAAUACUCCCAAACCAUUCCAUACUAUGUCUGCACCGAGGCCAACAAUCAGUGUGUUGCUAAGUGCACCGACUCACUGUGUCAAGCUUCUUGUCGCUCUGAUCACCCAUGUGGUGCCCAAGCUCCCAAGCGUGUCAAUGUUUCUACCACAACUACUACUACCUCUGCUACUUCUACGGCCACCGCCAAUAUUACCAAUGCUCUCGGUAGCCAUGCGACGGGCGAUGCAUCUCGGGUAAUGGCUAUGGAUAUAGGUCACUUCUAUGGUCUUUGUGCUUUGAUUGGAGGAUUUACUGCAGGUUUCGCUGUUCUGAUGUAA